AUGGCUGCGCCCAUGGAAAAUAACGUGGUUUCCUCCGGUUCUACGAUUAGCGAAGAUAAAAGUGUAAACGCAAUUAUUGUAGCUACCGUUACCACUGGAUUCGAACGCCUGGCUUGUGACGAAUGUUCUGAGAAACUCGGUGUCGAAGCCACACCAAGAAGAGGCAGGAUACGUUUUGAGUUGCCACUUUCACAACUGCAGAAGGUUCAUUCUCUGUGUGGUGUUGAUAACUUAUUUGUUGUUGUACAAGAAUUUGAAAACCACCAAUUUAUAGAAGAAGAGGAGGCUGAUUUACAAUCUCUGUCUGAUCUAGUGACAACCAUUGACUGGUCUACGGGUAUAAAAUACUGGCAGUCUUACAGCAAAUAUGCAAAAUCUGUACCACUAACACCUGAGGAAAUCAGUGAGUCUGAUCAUGCCACACUUCCAGCCUUUCGUGUAUCGUGCCACAGAACAGGCAACAAACAUAGUUUCCAGUCCCCGCAAGCAGCGAGUCGCUUUGGUGGGAGUAUAAACGACUAUUUCCAUUGGCGCGUUGAUCUGUCAAAUUCAGAUAUUGAUGUGUUGUUGAACAUUACUGAUAAUGAUAUUUUGGUGGGAAUCGCUUUGACACGAGAAAGCAUGCAUCGGAGGAACAUCAAACAUUUUGGAAGUACCACUCUCAGAGCUACAUUGGCGUAUAUGAUGUUGAGAUUAGGUGAGAUUCAACUAGGUGAUGUGGUGUGUGACCCCAUGUGUGGCUGUGGCGCCAUACCUAUUGAGGGAGUGCUGAACUGGCCAGGAAGCCUUCAUCUCUGUGGAGACGGUAAUGAGUACCCCUGUUCUCAUUCUUUAAAAAACAUCACAGCAAUCAAUGAGACGAGAAAAGAACAAAACAGACUUCCAGUUAGUGUGGACAUUGUACAAUGGGAUGUCUGCCAACUGCCACUGAAAACAAACUCUAUUGAUGUGUUUGUCUCUGAUUUGCCUUUUGGUAAAAGGAGCGGUACUCGUAGACGUAACUGGGAUCUGUACCACAGGGGUCUGGUAGAGAUGGCAAGGGUGUGCAAACCAGAGACUGGGAGAGCUGUGUUACUUACGCAUGACAAGAAAUGCAUGAUGAAGACCCUAUCAUUGUGUCACAAUCUAUGGAGAAGUAAGCGUACAAUAUGGAUAAACCAAGGGGGACUGCGAGCUGGAGUUUACCUAUUACAUCGAGCUAAAGCUUCAUAGGAUAGGCAAGCUAAUACCAUCAGAGUACUUAUAUCCAUGGUAGUAUUGACCUUUUUGAGAUGACCAUGCAAGUUUUAACUGAGAUGGUAAUAAAGAAUAACAUAAAACUCA